UGUGUAGCUCCCUCUCUAUCACCCUUUCCUCCCUGACAUUCCAGUGCAGUUGAGGGAUUGAGUGCCUGGAUACAGACACAGGAGGGACCGUGAAAGGAGAGAGAGAGAGGGAAUUCUCCCUGGGCUGGUCUGCAGUUUGGAAAGCUUUUGGAAUUGUUCCAUCUCGUAGUGCUCUGAGUGCACUCUCAUUCUACUUGUCUUUUGUCAGCACUGCUGAAAUCUCCAGCUGGGAAUUUCAUCACUGCUGAGCACCACAGAGCCGAGAAGCAUCUCUGUCGGUUCUCAGUAUCUCUGCCCUCUGCACUUCUACAACAGUUUGAACUGAGAGGGGAGCUCUGGUCAAGCAAGAGCAGAUCAUUGGUUCAGUGCAAGGGCUGGGAAGGCCCUGUCACCUGCAUUAUGGCAGAGUCCAUGCACCCUGGGCCCACCAGCCUCCAGCUUCCAGGUGAGGAUGCAUCUGUGUCUACGUCACAUUCCAGCUCUCCGACUCCUUCCAGGAACGACUGCAGCAUUGCCCCCAUCACCCCCUCCCCAUCUCCGAGGACUGAGUUGAGACCACGACCUCCCCGGCCGUUCUCUGUAGUAGUGGCUAUUGAUUUUGGCACCACCUCUAGUGGUUAUGCCUUCAGUUUCACAGAUGACCCUGAAGCCAUUCAUAUGAUGAGGCGAUGGGAAGGUGGGGAUCCCGGUGUGGCCAAUCAGAAGAGCCCGACAUGCCUGCUGCUGACCCCAGACCUGCGUUUUCACAGUUUUGGCUUUGCGGCACGAGACAGUUACCACGACCUGGAUCCAGAGGAGGCUCGGCACUGGCUCUACUUCGACAAGUUCAAGAUGAAGAUCCACAGCACCAGUGACCUUACCAUGGUGACAGAACUGGAGUCAGUGAGCGGGCAGAGAGUUCGGGCCAUUGAGGUCUUUGCGCACGCUUUAAGGUUUUUCCGGGAACAUGCUUUGAAGGAGAUGAAGGACCAGUCUUCGUCACUGCUGCAGAGGGAUGAGGUGCGAUGGGUCAUCACAGUUCCAGCUGUGUGGAGGCAACCAGCCAAGCAGUUUAUGAGGGAGGCUGCUUACCUGGCAGGUCUGGUGUCUCCAGACUCUCAUGAACAGCUGCUCAUUGCCCUUGAGCCAGAAGCUGCCUCCAUUUACUGCAGGAAGCUCCGCCUACACCAGCUCAUUGAUCUCAGCCAACGACCAAUAACCAACAGCCUAGACCAGGAUGGGUCCCGCCCCUUCGACUCUAGCUUUAGGCAAGCACGCGAACAGCUUCGCAGGGCCAGGCACAGCCGAACAUUCCUUGUAGAGAGUGGAACUGGGGAACUGUGGUCAGAAAUGCAGACAGGUGACAAGUACAUGGUGGCAGACUGUGGAGGCGGGACAGUGGACCUGACUGUCCAUCAGAUUGAGCAGGGACAGGGGACGCUGAAGGAGCUAUACAAAGCCUCAGGGGGGCCCUACGGCGCAGUAGGUGUAGACCUUGCCUUUGAGGCCAUGCUGUGCAGGAUAUUCGGGACUGAUUUCAUCAAAACAUUUAAAGCCAAGCGUCCGGCUGCUUGGGUGGACCUGACCAUCGCCUUCGAAGCACGCAAGCGGACCGCGGCUCCAGGAAGGGUGGCGGCCCUCAACAUCUCCCUGCCCUUCUCUUUCAUCGAUUUCUACAAGAGACACUGUGGGCAUAGCGUGGAGACAGCACUGCGCAGGAGCAAAGUGAAUAUAGUGAAAUGGUCUUCUCAAGGGAUGCUGAGACUCACAACAGAGGCCAUGAACGAGCUGUUCCAGCCAACCAUAAACAACAUCAUCAGACACAUUGAGGACCUUAUGCAGAAAGAGGAAGUUAAAGGUGUGCGCUUCCUGUUCCUGGUGGGUGGCUUCGCAGAGUCGCCAAUGCUCCAGCGAGCAGUCCAGAAUGCACUGGGCCACCACUGCCGCAUUAUCAUCCCCCAGGACGUGGGUCUGACCAUCCUGAAGGGGGCAGUGCUGUUCGGGUUGGACCCCACCGUGGUGCGCGUCCGCCGCUGCCCAUUAACGUAUGGCGUCGGGGUCCUAAACCGCUUUGUCGAAGGCCGUCAUCCACGCGAGAAACUGCUCAUCAAAGACGGCCGCGAGUGGUGCACCGACAUACUGGAUCGCUUUGUGUCUGUUGACCAGUCGGUGGCUUUGGGCGAGGUGGUUAGGCGGAGCUACACGCCUGCGCGGCUGGGCCAGAGGAAGAUCAUCAUCAACAUCUACUGCAGCAACACCGAUGACGUAGUGUACAUUACAGACCCCGGGGUCAGGAAGUGUGGCGCUAUCACUCUGGACCUGCCCGAGCCAAGCGCGGCCGCAGCUUGCAGCAGCGCCAACGACAGCGCUGGCGAGCGCAGGGAGAUACGGGCCGCCAUGCAGUUUGGAGACACCGAGAUCAAGGUGACGGCUGUUGAUGUGGCGACCGGGCGACAGAUGCGAGCUUCCAUUGACUUCCUGUCAAUGUAACGGAACCUCUGGCACUGAGAUGCGACAGUAAUGAAAAGGACUGGCCACAGGAGCGAUUUACUGCCUAUCCAUACGGGGUCCUAAGUGAAUGUCCGAAAAAUGUUAGUUUAUUAUUAAAAUUGUUUUAUUAUAGGAAGGCACUCAGAAUUUAUUUUUGUAAAGUUUACUAUAACUGAGAAUUAAUACUAUGCAACAUGUUCACGCCUUUCAUGACUUAAACAGCUGGUUUUUCCCCUUCAAUCCACUCAACGGGUGCGACAGACGCCACCCAGUGGCUACAGGACAAAUCGCCCGUUUUAAAAUACUGUUAUGACACAAAAAUGUCAAUGGGAGUAAGUCAAAUGUUGUUAGUUCAGCCUAAGCUGGAAACGGAGGUAUACAACUCCCCUAUUUAUAUUAAGCAUAUUAGAUUUGUAAGAUUUGUAGGGUGAAUUGUAACUGGAUUUCAUCUAUAACAUAACUUAUAUUGAAGUAGUAAACAAAAUUAUGCUAUGCAUUCAUUUUGAAUACGUGACUAAUGCAAAUUAUAAACAGAUCACUAAUCUUUUCCCUUUCUAGUAUUCUUCCUCCCUAAAACUAUUUCACUGAUAGAAUUGGGCAGAUACCCUCAUCCAGUGACUUUGUAUUUGUCAGUAUGACAGCACAUAUCCUCUUUAGACAUGAACCCAUGACCUUGGCAACAUUGGCACCUCGCUCUACUCCGUAAGCUACAGGAGCACAUGCUGAGGUGUGCUGACUGCAUCUCUGAGUCAUGCAAUUAAAUAUAACACAGUAUGACUCCUAAAAAACAAUUAGCAACACUCUGCAGUCAUUUAAUCCUACAAAAACCAAAAGAACAAAAAGGAAGCAGAUGAAGUGUACAAGGAUUUAAUGUGAAAGGAUUUUAAUGGUCCAAUAAAUUAGUUCCACUACUGACCACUGUAGACCAUUAGGGGAACAUACUGGAGUCCAACAUCAGUGCUUCAACAAACCAAAACACACACGCUCAUCUGUCAACACACGUGUGCAAGUCAUCUCAGACUAUUACAAACUGCACCUAUCCAACCAGUUAAAAUCCUGCUUUACUUUCAAACCCCAUAACAAAAUGAUCACCAGUGCACUAAGCACAGCGAUAUGUCUCAUGUUCCACGGCUUGUAACAAAUGAGUGUAAGAGGAGGACAUUUAGA